GCACCGCAGCAGUCCCCAGCGAGCCGGCAGAAGAUACUAGAGGUAUUCCUGGCGUUUGGUAACUACAUGAACAGCAGCAGAAGAGGAGGAGUCUUUGGUUUCAGGCUACAAUCGCUAGACAUCGUUUCAGACACACGAGCCCCGGGUGACCGGAGCACGACACUAAUGGGGUUUGUGGCAGGAGUUGUGAGAGAGAAAUAUCCAAACGUCCUCGAGUUUGUCAACGAAGUCACCUACCUCGAGAAGGCUGCUACUGUUUCGCUCCAGUUACUGGGGGUGGACAUCAGGCAGAUGAGCAGAGGACUCAAAGAAACUACAAAAGAACUAGUCGAAAACAAACAGAACAAAAAACUAAAAAAAUUCUGUCUGGAGGCUGAGCCAAGAGUAACCAGACUGGAGGCUGACUUUGCCACUGCCAAUGAGGCAUUUCAAGAAGUGGUGCAUACUUUGGGGAGAACCCAAAAACUGCCCAACCCAAUGCCGUUUUUCCCGUCCUGUUGAGAUUCGUGACUGCAUUCAGAAAAGCCCACACAUCCAAUCUGGCAAAGCUAGCUCUUCAAAGAGCGCAAGAUAAAAGAAAAAUUGAAGGGUCGUCAGUAUUUGAUGAGGACUGCAACUCUCCAAAUGUUCUACCACAAAUAUAUGACGGUGCUAUCGAUGAAAUAAUAACAGAUAUGAAGUCCAAAGCGUACAGACCCGUAGAGACGAGACACAGGAGAGUCAGCAUGCUCCUCUCCGGCGAAGGAGGUGGGUCGACGAUGACAGUGAACGGAAAACUGUCACCCACGAGAACUCGCCCAAAACAACCUCCACCACCCGUACGACCAAGGGCCAAAGCUCACUCCUAGCUCCCCACCUCGUUCGCGUGCAUUUCUCGGCAUAGAAUCAUGUGCAAUACACAUCGCUGGUCUAUAUAUAUUAUAUCUCUCUCUCACAAUCAUUUUUGUAUCUUUUUGGCACAUUUUGUAAUACGCCACAUCACACAUUUUCUUACCUCUGGUGUGUAUGCAUAAUUAUAAACUCUCACGCAUCACUAAUAAUGAGAAAGACUUAUAUAAAAUCUUGUUUCAAUUCCCGGACGGCAGCUGGGAAUAAGUUGGGGAGAGUUUUGUGAUCAUUUGGAGGAAUCCCCAGAAACAGUGUUGACAGGAUUUGCAGAGUGUCGCCAUGCGAGACCAAGAGGAUUGCCUUGUCUUUAUACUCGAGGUCGAGUCGCUGUAAAAGUCUGGAUGUUCUCAGAACUACGCUGGCAACACUCUCACAGCCACAUUCUGUGUGUUGCGGAUCUCGGCUGUCAA